UGAAGUAAACCGCCGGCGUCGUUUCAUUCAAAAUGGCGUCUGAGUUUUAUCGUGAGGUGGAAGUAGAUCUUUGUGCUGAUGAUCAGAUGGCUUUGUUUUACAGCGAAACUUUCAGCUGUCGGGAUAUAAAACGUUUCUGCGUGUGUGUGUAGAGGUUAAUAAGAUGGUCGUCAGGUGUGGACACGGUUUAGUAAAGCGGUUUAAUUCCCUCAGGUUCGGACCCUGAAGACCCAGAAGAUCUGGAGGACCCAGGAGUUCUGGAGGACCUGGACACAGAAGACGCUGAGAACCUGUCUGUGGACGUCACCCAAGCUGCAGGCUAUAAAACACACCCACCUCUGGCUCAGACCCACAGGAACAGGGGGUUUCAUUCAGGUCCAAAUGCCACCAGGAACUCAGGAGGAAACCGGGUCACUUCUGAGGAACCUCAGACCAACGGGGUUCCAGAACCGCAUGGCGUGAUGGAGCAGAGUCUGGAACCAAAGGAUGGAGAAUUCAAACCAGACACAUCUGGACACAUCAGGACACCAGAUGGAGAAGCAGGACAUUUUGGACAAAUCGAUCCCAACGUAAAGCUAAACAAGAUUCUCGAUUCUCCCGGUGCUCACGUGACAACAUCUGGAUUUAUAAAGUCGGAAAAUGGACAGGAGAUGGAACUUUGGGGACUCCGUGCCAGUCCAGGUAAAAGUGAAGGUCCAGAAUAUUUUGGGGGAAGUAAUGGUAGUGUGAUCACAGCUGGAGAAACAUCAGGUUCUAGAGGAACCCACUCCAGCUGCUUCAUAUCAAGCGAUGAUCCUCAGAAUGCGUCUGGACACACAAACAUAUUAGCUGGAAGAGUCGCAGAUGUCCAUGCCAACACUGCUGUGUUUGUAGAUUCCAGUGACAGUCAGACCACAUCUGCAGGAACAUCUGGCGAUAAAGGAAGCAACGUAAACUGGGCUAUAACCGGUGACGCAGCUAGCGUCGGUGACAUUAACGGCGAUCUAACUGCAGCUACAGCCGUAAACACGUCGGAUGGAGAAGAUGCAGAUAUUUGGGAUUUUCAUGGUUCUUGGGAAAUUACAGGGACCUUUGAAAGCAACAUUAGUCCAAAGGUAGCUGAUGAAACGGUGGAUAUCAAAGAACCCACUGCUAAUGUAGCCACAUCUGGAGAUGCAUCAUGUCAAAGCAGAAGCAAUAACAGCACAAUUGUUAGAAAAGAAAUGCCAGGAACCUGUGAAACAAACAUCAGACCAUGUGAAGCGGUGGACGUUAGAGAAACUAGUGUGAGUUUGUCCACAUCUGGAGAAACAGCAGGUUCUGGGAGAACCAGUGCCAACCCAGAUGAACUUGGUGGCGGUCUUAUGACACACGGGAACGUAAGUCCAUUGGAUUUCAGAACAGCUGCUACUGUAUCUGGAGAUCCCACGAGGAUGAAGAUAACCGGUGUGAGCCAAGCGCUAGAUGGACCCAUCGACCCUCUGCUGCUUAUGGACGGUGUGUUACCUCGGGGUCAGGUCGCUGGGAAUCUCCUACUAGGAAAUGAUGGACCCAAAGAAAACCCUGAGUGUCUGGUACGUCCACGGGUGUGUGUCGGGAAGGGGCGGAGUUCCUGCUGUACAGAGCUGGAGAUGAGAAUACCAAACGGAGAUGUGGACAGUAGCGAAUUACAGAUAAGACACAAGCUUCACUGUGAAGGACCUUUUACAAACGAGGCUCUGGAGAAAGGCAUCCGGGUGGGAACUUGUGGAUACUUGGUUAUAAACCAAAGGAGCAUUUCAGGAACCUCCUGCAUCCCCGUUUAUUCCAUCAGGGAACCUUGGAAGGCCGCAGAAAGACCACACGAUGCGAGAAGCUCCUCAGAUGCACCAGAGACCAUCUCAGAACCUUCUGUAGUUAAUGAUGACGAAGAGGCGAGCAAGCAGGAGACAGAAACGCGACCGGAGAGCGACGUAGACUUGAGAGAUGCUGCCGGCGUGGCGAGACCGCGGACGCUGAGGACUGAUCCCAACCAGGUGAUGUCGCUCAGCUGUGACUCCACCCCCCUGGAUCAGGAUAACGCUGGAUAUUUUGUGGACGAUGGAGACAUGGAUGUUAUUCUGAACAGUUUGGAGCUCGGUCGUCGACAGAGCGCUCCUGAUAAACUUCAGCAGAGCGAACACGUCGAUCCCGAACCUUCAGCCGAGAAGAUGCUGAGCAGGAAGCACGGCCUCUCGGACCUCCUCACCAGAAGUCUGUUUUCCUGGAAGCCCAAAGAGUCGAAGGCCACAGCAGCUGCUUCAGGGUGGAGAAUAUUUGGGAAGAUUUCUCCUAAAGGGAACGACACCGGAGACUCGGGAACGCCGCAGCAGGUGAGGAAGAGCAGGGGCGGAGCUUACAGACGGCUGCAGGGACAAUACAGUGCUGGGGUUUGAUACUGGACUGAGAGU